GAGUUCCUCCCACUUUGCUUUUGAUGACGUAAUAUUCAUGCGACGGACACGACUCCACAAUGGCAACAGUACAAGUUAGCGAAGCUGAAAAGGUGUAUAUUUUACAUGGUAUAAGGGAUGACCUGCGAGUGGAUGGAAGGGGCUGUGAAGACUAUAGACACAUGGAGAUUGAGACCGACGUGGUGUCCAAUACUGACGGAUCAGCCAAAGUUUCUCUGGGCCACACAGCAGUUCUAGUGGGAAUUAAGGCGGAAAUAGGAAAACCGAGGCCCAUGGCCCCAAAUGAAGGCUAUUUGGAGUUCUUUGUUGAUUGUUCAGCGAACGCAACUCCAGAAUUUGAGGGGCGAGGAGGGGAGGAACUCGGGAAGGAGCUGAGCAACACACUGUACAAAGUCUUCAACAAUAAGCACAGCGUGGACCUGAAGAAGCUGUGUAUCAGUAAGGGAGAACACUGCUGGGUGCUCUAUGUGGAUGUACUGCUCCUACAAUGUGAUGGAAACCUGUAUGAUGCCAUGUCAGUAGCUAUCAAGGCAGCUCUCUUUAGCACCAAAAUCCCCAAGGUGCACAUAUCAAACGAUGAAGAAGGAGGGAAGGAAAUUGAGCUGUCAGAUGACCCCUUCGACUGCAUGAGACUCGACGUAGAGAAUGUUCCCUGUAUAGUGACAUUGUGCAAGGUGGGCCACAGGCACGUGGUGGACGCCACUCUGCAAGAGAAGGCGUGCUCCGUGGCCAGCCUCAUCAUUUCAGUCACACACAAGGGAACGGUCACCUGUGUGAGGAAGAUGGGCGGAGGUAGCCUGGACCCUGAGAGCAUCUUUGAAAUGACUGAAACAGGUAAACGUGUUGGAAAAGCCCUCCACGUGCCUCUCAUGAAGCUGCUGCAGCAGGAGGAGAGUUUAGGAACGAGACAGAAAGUGGGCUUUCUUGGUUAGAAAUGUCAUUGUUGUGUACAAUAGAGUACUAUGUAUAUAUCAUUGUGUACCUUUUUUCCAGUAAAAACUAGCAAUUUGUUACAA